AUGGCCGGCGACAGAGCCACGUGCAUCAUUUGCUUUGACGACUUCGACGAAGGCGUGAGAGAUGUCUGUCACAAUGGCCACUCCUGGUGUAGCAGCUGCCUGCUCGCCUCGGUCCAGACCGCGAUCCAGAACAUCAGCGACUCGUCGUGCAUGCCGCCGCGCUGCUGCGGCGAUGGCGUCCUCCCGACCGACGACGACGACGUCGGGGACCACCCCGAGCAGCACCGCCUCGAUGCCGAACGCCGGGCGCGAGACCUGAGCGAGGCGCGCACCGCGUACGUGGACCGAAGCCUGGUGAGGAUGGCACAGCGAUACAAGGGCGCCAAUCUCUUCCAGUUCUGCCAGCGCUGCUACCGACUGGUGACGAAACGAGGCGGGUGCAACCACAUGAAGUGUGUCUGUGGAUACGAAUUCUGUAUCAUCUGUGGGAGCAAGUGGGGAGGAAGUUCGGACCAGCAGACCGGACUUGCCGCACUUUGCCAUCCCUUUUUCGGCUCUGAGGACAAGCACGUACUCUGUAUCCCCCCUGAGGUGAAGGCUCGCCUUGACGCCGAAGAGCAGAAGCCGCCGCCAGCUCUCGCUGACGAGUGCGCAACUGGCACGCUCUGCAUCCACAGCCCUAGCCUGCACUACCUCCUUCGGCUGCGCCGAGAGCUUAGCAGCGAGGAGCUCGAGCGAGCAAGAUGCGAUGUCUGCGGGCAUAUGUUCAAGAGCUUCCUGCUGCAGUGCAGGGGCUGUGCGACGUUGAUGUGCCUGGACUGUCGGGACUCGCUGUGCAACGGGCGCAUCAAGGGCGUCAAGGGCGUCAAGGACGUCAAGGACGUCCAGGACGUUAAGGACGUCACUAACUAA